AUCUGCAAAUAUAACACAGCUCAGCCUCCCGUGUAAUCCCUCGCGGAACGCCCACCGGCCGGGAGCGCUUUGAGCAAAUCUCCGCUCGUUCGGCACUGAGCUGUUCCUAAGAUGGGAUUGAGGGAGAAUCCAAUUUAGAAAAACACCCUUAAGGAGAGGGAAUAAAGAAAACCUGAGAGGAACAUUUGCAAGGGCUGCGUGGAAGAGGCCAGGCGAGGGUCGCGAGAGGCGGGAGCGCUCCCUCCCCAGAGCGCCGGGGCUGCGGGAGGACAUGUGAGCUCCUUUCUCGACAGGAGCACGAGCGCGAUGGAGGGUCUAAUCUAGCUAGACCUGCUUGAUGGGACAAGAGUGUUAUUUUUAGCCAGAGAGGUAAUUAAAACAGGCAUCGGCUCUGACAGCAUCUCAGGGAGCUGUCACAAAAGGGCAAAAGUGCAUCUUGCACGUCCGUGUGGCCCACAGAAGAGGCGGCGAAUGUCCGAGACGGGCAGAAGGCGCGAGGGCUCGGAGUUCACCUAGUCACAGCAAACCCGAGCAGCCGAAUCGCAGGGCCACCCAGAAAGCCACGUCUGUGCAGACUGAGCGGCUGGGAUGGUGGGAGCGGAUCCAAGCGGUGCCGGUGCCCCCUUCUCUCUCUCCUUUUCGGGCAGCGGUUUCCUUGCACUUUACCAGAUAGGGGUGGUCCAGUCGCUGCUGGAAUUGGCGCCUGACAUCCUAAGAUCGGCCUCCAAAGUCUAUGGCGCGUCGGCUGGAUCGCUGAUAGCGGCGGCAGUGGUGUGUGAAGCCAGCCUAGAGGACCUAAAGGAAUCGUUCCAGGAAGCCGUGAGAAAUGCCAGGAAAACGAUUCUCGGCCCGCUGUCUCCCAGCUGCAACACGCUCCACACCGUGCAGAAGGGAUUGUACAAGAUGCUGCCAGAGAAUUCUCACCAGGUGGCUUCGGGGCGGCUGCACAUUUCCCUCACGCGCGUGACGGAUGGACAGAAUGUCAUGGUGUCCGAGUUCAGUUCUAAGGAGGACCUGAUCCAGGCACUGAUCUGCAGCUGCUUCGUUCCCAUCUACUGUGGCUUCAUCCCUCCCUCCUUCCGAGGCGUGCGCUACGUUGACGGGGGCUUCACUAACCUACAGCCGUGUUCUGACCUGGAGGCCGUGAUCACCGUGUCCCCCUUCACAGGAGAGCUCGACAUAUGCCCUCGGGACUGCCCGGCUAUCUUCUACUCUUUCCAGAUCUUUAACAGCAGCAUCCAGAUCUCAGUGGAAAACCUCUGCAGGAUUAGCUACGCUCUCUUCCCACCAAGCUACCUGGUCCUGACGGAGUUCUUCUCGCGAGGCUACCAGGACACGGUCCUUUUCUUACGCAGGAACAAUGCCUUCGGUGGGAAUUAUCCCGCCAACACGGUCACCUUCCGGUUUGCCAGUUUGCUCAGUAGAAAGGGCCUGUCUGGAGCUAAUGAAGAGAGCUCCUGCCGGGGCCCAGACACUGCCGGGCUCGGAUCCAACGGGAACCUGCCCCUGCCACAGACUCCUGCUGUGAGCGGGACACUCAACGGAACAGACCAGAAAGUGCUGCAGCAACUGACUCCAGGCCAGCACAAAGCUGCCCGAGAGAUGCAGCAGGCACCUGGACUGCUGGACUCGAUGACUGAGCUAAUAUCACAGUGUCUUAGGAAGCUAAUAAGACCUACACAGAUGCUGUUUUCUCUUAGUAAGAGGCUCGACCAGCUCUGGGGCGUGUUGGAUGAGCUCUGCUGGAUGGCGCAACAGUUCACAAGGACGGGGCGCCUGGCCAGACACAUGGCCACGGGCCUGUCGAACGGAGCCGUCUCAGAGAGGAAGCUGUCAUCGCUGGGCAUGCGGAAGCAUUCAGACCAGGCUGAUUCUGCAAUUGCUGACUGAUUGGCUUAGGCAGCGAUGGACAGAAGUGGGACUCAGUUCACUAACUGUCACAAUGGCCUCUGGAAAUAUGCUCAGGGGCCAGGCUGGUUUCUAGUGCUGCCACGAGCCCACCCUGGCUGCGAGAACUAUUCAGGAAGGGGCUGUCAGUCCGCCCCAGCACUUCAUAUUCUAAGGAAAGCUACGUUCUGGUGAAGUGGACAUCAGUGCAUCUGUACAGCUAUUAAUGACAGAAAACUUCCUUGAUGCAGAGUUAAGUUGCCCUGUGCUAGCUGGUGCCUUUCCACAACACCAACUCCAGCAAAAUUCAAACAGGUGAAAGCCAGGAAAUACAGAGUUAAGGUGAAUGCCCACACAACCUUAACUCUGCCCCCCAGAGUUGGCAAUAGGGCCUUGGGAAUAUCUGCAGUCAUUCCAGCUGUGUUGGACAUAGCUGGGCUGAAUGAUGGAGAAAGACUGGCUAGCUUGGACAAGCUAGGACUGUGAAAUGAGGAGCUCUGGCUUUGAGCCCCACCCAUGUGGAGGCAAGACGUGUAACUUGAGGUUUCAGUCUGCGUCAUUUCUAUGCCAGCUUGUGUCAGGGCCCAGGGAUCUUCCUGCCAUUGGUACUGUCAGCAGGGAGACAGGACGGGAGAGCAGGCUGUGGAUUGAAGGAUGCCAGGAAGUGCCGGGUUUGGGUGGUACCCUAUGGGAAGGGUUGUAAAAGGGGAAGAACGGGAGGUCACAUGUCUCAAGUGCAGUAUUCUGGUCGGGAAGCAGGCGCAAUGUUUCCGUGUAUGGAAAGUACAGCUAGUGCCUGUCCACUACUGUGAAAGGCAGAGCGGGAGUAUGGGGAUGUCUAGACUGUGGACGUAUCCUGAAAUAGCAACUCUGCAUCUUUACAUGUGCCUGCUAUGUCCCAGAAUAGUGGGCGUGUUAUUCCGGUGCCCUGUAACAUUAAAGGAUGUGUUGGAAUAGUGCCUUGUUUUGAAAUCUGGUGCUGUCUACACAGUGCCAAAUUUCAAAAUAAGCUCUUUUGACCUAGACUCAGAAUAAGCUACACAAUUUGCAUAGCACAAAUUGUGUAGCUUAUUCCGACAGAAGGAUGCGAUCUAGAUUCACCGUACGUGUGUUCUGGGCCUAAUGGAUGCUGAACGAGGGCAGAGUUAAGGUGUUCUGAGCAUUUACCGUAACUCUGUAUUUCUAGGCUUUCUGAAAUUUAAGUUUUGUUGACUUCAGUGUUUUGUAAGGGCACAACUUAUCACUGGGCAACUUUACCUUAAAGCUUUUGCCAUUUAAUUUCCUAGCUUUCUAAGCAGAAAUGUUCAUUGGGAGGAGUUACUGGCAGUUGUAGUUCUCACUUAGAUUUGCAGUUGAUAUGCACCUGUGGCUAGAUAGUAACCCAAAAGCCAAACUUUUAUUUAAUGCUUUUCACUGGUACAUCUCAAAACACUUUACAUUGUUAUCAUCAUUUUACAGAUGGGAAACGGAGGCACCCAGAGGUGAAGUGACUUGCCCAAGGUCACACAGCAGGCCAGUGGCAGAGCUAGCCCCACACGGUUGCUAUGUGAUUUGAAAUGUUGGCAACGGGCAGUUGCUAGCAGGGCCAGGGAGAGAAAUCUUAUCCCUAACUCUCAGCAUGUGAGAGGCCAGCGUGUCUCUCCCCUAGCGCUGCAACAGGGAGCCCCCACUGCCAACGUUUCCAGCUGUGUGUCUGCUCCGCAUCCCGUAAGGCACUGGCUGGCGCUGCCCCUGCUCUGUGUGCGCAUAACCCAGCUAGCUGCCUAUCCCGGGCCACAGGCAACUUUGCUUCUGUAGCCUGAGCUGUGCGGUGCGUCAGGCCCCGCUUCCCACCAGCUGGGACUCUGGCCUCUGCUUCAGCCUGGCUUCCCCCACCCAGCCCACCUCCUGCUCCGCCCCACUCUACCACCGGUGGCCACUGAGCAUCCUCAGACUAUCAACACGCCAGCACUUUGGGGAACAUCCAUCAACCCCCUCUUGCCCUCCCAGAGCCUGGCAUACACAAGGGGUGGGGCUCAGACACCACCAGUGGGGCCCCCCCGAGCCCAGAGGAGGUAGGGAUGGGCUCAGACCACCUAUUGCA